UAGACGAGAUUACCCGCUGUCUUGAUGGUGGGAUAUCGGUAGAGGUGUGCUAUUUGGACUUCAGUAAAGCCUUUGACUCCGUGAAUCAUCGAUUUUUAAUUGGGAAGCUGACAUGGUUUGGAUUGCAUCCUCAACUAUUACUAUGGCUCUCUGAAUUCUUACGUGGAAGGACAUUCAGAGUCAGCGUUGGGGAAGCGAGUUCUAGUGUUGGCCAUGCCUACAGCGGUGUCCCCCAAGGUUUUUUUUACAUCGUAUUAUCGAGCGAAACGUGAUAUUUUCUUACCCUCCAUCCUUAUGGAACAAUCUUUCAAAAACCUGAAACUGGAAGAUGGUGACCCGGGAAAGUCAAUAUGGCUUCGUGUACGCGGUUUCAGGACCAGGCGCCUCAGGAUUCCUGUUCACCUAACUGUUAGGCUUACAUGCACUCUUAGACGCCGGGAGUUGUUCAACUUUGCGAUCAGGAAUUGUUCAACCCUUUUUCCCAUAUUCUUCGAUGUGGUUACCUUUGCCGGAUAA